GACGCGUUCUCCAUUUCUUUUCGCGCUGUACAUUGGGCGUCUUCCCCCUCCAUUCUAUUCUUAAUUCUCCAUCAACAUCCACAUCAACACCCCGAAUUCCUCAACGACGACGACAGAACACCAACUCUUCCGCAUAGCACCGAUAAUCCAAGUCGUCACUGAAGCAUCCUGCCGAACGUUUGUCCUCCUCGCAAAGUUUGAAGUGUUGACCUACCCCUCAACCCCUUUUCUGCCUCCAAAACUACACCAUGGACCACCGAUCAGUCUACAGCUUGUCUGUACUUCCUCCAGACGACGAGGGCGAUGAUACGCGCCAGCAAAUACAGUCGCAGUUGAUGCAGUUCAUCCUGCAGUUCAGACUCGAGAGCGUCUUCAUCUAUCGCGACCAAAUCCGCGAAAAUGUUCUUCUUAAGCAAUACUACUGCGAUGUUGAUGUUGGGCACUUGAUCUCAUUUAAUGAAGAGUUGGCACAUCGCCUGGUCACAGAACCAGCCGAGAUCAUGCCUCUCUUCGAAGCAGCACUGAAGAAAUGUACUCAUCGAAUCGUCUACCCAUCCACUAAAGAAAUCACACUCCCAGAACAUCAGCUCCUGCUGCACUCCUCCGCAGGCGACAUCUCCAUCCGAAAUCUCGACGCCCUCACAAUUUCCCGACUUGUUCGCGUGCCAGGAAUUGUCAUUGGUGCAUCAGUUUUGUCUUCAAAGGCGACAGCACUGCACAUCCAAUGCCGAAACUGCCAUCAGACCAAGAUCCUUCCUGUAGCAGGUGGAUUCGCUGGAGUCUCGCUACCAAGAUAUUGCGACAGAGUGAAGGCACCAGGAGACGAUUCUUGCCCGAUGGAUCCGUACAUUGUUGUUCACGAAAACUCCCAAUUUGUUGACCAACAGAUCAUCAAGCUGCAAGAAGCGCCAGACCAGGUGCCAGUUGGAGAACUUCCAAGGCAUGUUCUCAUUUCUACUGAUAGAUAUCUCACGAAUCGUGUUGUUCCAGGAUCAAGAUGCAUGAUUACAGGGAUUUUCUCCAUCUACCAGAAUAAACAGUCCAAGGGAUCUAGCACAACUUCUGCAGUGGCUAUCCGAACUCCAUAUCUACGGGCGGUUGGCAUCCACAGUGAUGUCGACCAUACUGCGAAAGGAAAUGCUAUCUUCUCGGAGGAAGAAGAGCAAGAGUUCUUGGAAAUGAGUAGAAGACCUGAUCUCUAUACCGUCUUUGCAAACUGUAUCGCUCCAUCGAUUUACGGAAACCAGGAUAUCAAGAAAGCUAUUGCAUGUCUUCUUCUCGGUGGCUCGAAGAAGAUAUUGCCAGAUGGAAUGAAACUUCGUGGAGACAUCAAUGUCCUCCUCCUUGGUGACCCCGGAACAGCAAAGUCCCAACUCUUGAAAUUCGUCGAGAAAGCUGCCCCAAUCGCAAUCUACACUUCCGGAAAAGGUUCCUCGGCAGCCGGUCUUACAGCCUCUGUUCAACGCGAUCACACAACCAGAGAAUUCUACCUCGAAGGAGGAGCUAUGGUUUUAGCCGACGGAGGUGUAGUCUGUAUCGAUGAGUUCGACAAGAUGCGUGACGAAGACAGAGUAGCUAUCCACGAAGCCAUGGAACAACAAACUAUCUCUAUCGCCAAAGCAGGCAUCACCACGAUUCUCAAUGCCAGAACAUCAGUCCUCGCAGCUGCUAAUCCUAUUUUCGGACGAUACGAUGAUCUCAAGACACCAGGAGAGAACAUCGAUUUCCAAACCACCAUUCUCUCUCGUUUCGACAUGAUUUUCAUCGUCAAGGACGACCAUGAUCGUGGAAGAGAUAUCAAGAUCGCCAAACACGUCAUGGGUAUCAACAUGGGCGGACGAGGUGUAGAAGAGCAAGCCGAGGCUGAGAUCUCGGUUGACAAGAUGAAGCGUUAUGUCAGCUACUGCAAAUCGUAAGUUUCCCCAUCCUUCCCUUUGCAUCACAAUACUAUACCAAAAGAAGAAGAAUUAACCAUGUCUAACAUUCCCCUUCCAGACGCUGCGCCCCUCGCCUUUCUCCAGAAGCCGCCGAAAAGCUCUCCUCCCACUUCGUUUCCAUUCGCAAACAAGUCCACGCCGCCGAACUCGAGUCCAAUGCCCGCUCCUCCAUCCCCAUCACCGUCCGCCAACUCGAAGCCAUAAUCCGAAUCACCGAAUCCCUCGCCAAGCUCUCCCUCUCGCCCAUCGCCACGGAACAACAUGUCGAUGAAGCGAUCCGGCUGUUCCUCGCAUCCACCAUGGACGCUGUCAAAAUGGGCAGCGGCCAGGGUAGUAAGGAGUUGAACGACGAGGUGAACAAGUUGGAGGACGAGCUGAAGAAGAGACUGCCAAUUGGGUGGAGCACGAGUUUGCAGACUUUAAAGAGGGAGUUAUGUGAUGGCAAGGGGUAUAGUGAACAGGCGCUGCAGAGGGCCAUUACGGUCCUGCAAAGGAGAGAUACCGUUACGAUUCGAGGCCAGGGGAGCCAGAUCUACAGGAGUGGUGCUUGAUUGCAUCCUGCUUUGGUUUCUUCUCGGCUGAUGUUUCGUUCGGAGGGUAAUUCCGCUCGCUCUUUGGGUGGUUCAGACAUCUAUUUGUGUGGUUCUUGACUUUCUCGCUUGAGGCGGCUGAGUUGAUUUAUUGACGAGCAUGAUGACGAGGACAAGGCGUUGGGAGUCGGUUCGUGUUUUGCUUGGCUCAUGAUUUCAUAUGUUUUGAACGUACGAGUAGGAUUACGAAGUGAUGGAUGGGAGGCAUAGGUGCAUGCAUAGAGACAUGGCCAUCUAGGU